ACUAGCUCUCUCUUCUUAGUCGAUUACAAGAUAUUCCUCAAUCACAAACCCCUUUCGAGUGCUCUCGAAAUAAAAGAUAAUUUUGCUCUUUUUGUCUAAAGACGUAUAUUUAUUUCUACACAGCCUUCGUGGCUCAGUCGCGUCGAAGAGAAGAAACCGUUCGUUCCCUGAGAAUUUCGUUCCGGUUUGUGCACGUUUGUCGGAAGACCGAAGCGUCAGCUCUUUUAAAGGUGCUUGUUGCUUUGCCUGACGGAGGAGAGAGAAUAAACAUUUCAUCGCCUUUCGUCCUCGCGCUGAGCGUCGGAGUAGCUGAACCUCAAAGGCCUGAGGACGUGUAGUUCUCCGUUCGCCAGGACAGCUUCUCACGGAGAAGGCGGGAAAGCAGAGCCAAUCAAACGCGCGCAAAACUCUACGGGCGCGAACACCCUGAUUUGGGAGUCUAGCGGUGACGUCAGAGGGCGGUCCCUCAUCUGUGGCUUGACCUCCUCCCCUCCCCAUCGCCCCCCCCCCCCUUCAGCCGUCUGAGAGUCAGGUGAGGCGAGGCACAGCCGCUGGCCGAACCAGAUAAAACGCUCGAUUAGGUCUCCGCGCGAGCGAGUGUGUCGGCGAGCAGGCACGAGAUAAAGCCGGCGCCAUGAUGCAAGUGAGCACAAUGUACGCGCAAUCUCUCGAACGGCAGCUGGUGUCGCGGCGCUCGCAGCUCAUCCACAACCUCUCCCGCUCCAGCUGCGGUCAGUCGGACCCGAUGCGACAGGCAGCCGACGCCCCGACGCUGGACCCGCUGCCGCCCCUGCCGCCUCCCGCGGCCAAGGGCGAGACCGAAGUGGACCCCAAGGAGUGCACGGACCGCCUGUGCCGCCUGCCGUCGCAGUGCCGCGGGGGGCACAUCCUGGGGUCGCCGCGAAGGCAGACCUCCGCCGCCGCCGCCGCCUCGCGCCUCACGCAGUCCACGGGUAACCUGACCGUGCACUCCGACCUGAGCCUCAUGAAGAAGAAGGACGCCGACCUGGUGGCCGCCGGGUCGCCGCACCACUCGCCCGUGCUCGACAAGAAGGCCGCCAAGAAGGCCAAGGAGAAGCAGGAGAAGGAGGCCAAGAAGUCGCCCUCCAACUUCAUGCUCCUCACGCCGUGGUUCACCAGGCAGAACUGCGAGAAGCUCCUGACGCAGGUGCGCUCCGGGGACAUCCUCGAGUUCAACAUCAAGUUGCACCACCACUGGGGCAUCGCCGUGCUGCCCAAGAACAAAAAACCGAGCCUGACCACCUUGGAGAUGGCGCACCUCCUUCGGGAUAAGGACGGGCGCCAGAGGGUCGUCCGCCAGGCCUUGAAGGACUACUGGCACGAGGGCGUCACCGCCAGGAUCAACAACUCCAGGGACGUCCACAAGCCUCCCCUGCCCUCCGGGGAAGUAACGUCAGCGGCACUCAAGUUGAUAGUGCAACCAUACCGAGUGUGGCAGAACUCCGAACAGAUGGUCGUCUCGUGUCGUUAUGGCGACGGCCAGCGAGCGAGGCAGCUCAGCGACGCAGCCAGAUGGGGUUCGCUGAGUCGGUGCGUGGGGCUGUGGCUUACCCUCACCUCCUCGACGCAGAGCAGUCCGGCCGGCUCGCCAGGACCCCUGAGGAAGAGAACCGUGUCUGUCAACUUCUAAGCGACUUGGAGGAGGAGGAGAAGGAGGAGGAGGAGGUGAGAAGAGAAGGGAAGGGAAGAAGAGAGAGAA